AUUCUUUGAACAUGCACUAGAACGCCUCCUCUCAAAUGGUCGCUUGUCGCUUUAGUGUUAACACUCACUGCGCCGUGUCGCUCUGCUACUUAUCAACCCUAGAUAUAGGUAAGGGGGCGAGAAGUAUUUGAACUCAACGUCAAACGCUAAAUGAACUCAGACAGCCAGUGACAAGUGGGAGAAGUGACAGUCAAGAAGCUCGACCUUUGGCUAGCUAUAGAUACUAUUAUAAUUAGGCACCAAGUUACUUUAGCAUAAUGUCGUUCAUUAUGAUGAAGAAAAAGAAAUUCAAAUUUAAGGUAGAUUUCGAGUUGGACGAACUAUCUUCUGUUCCCUUUGUUAACGGGGUCCUGUUCUGCAAAGUACGACUGCUAGACCGUGGCUUUACAAAAGAGUCCUCUCGGGAGCAGGUCCAGGCUAACUGUGUGCGCUGGAGGAAGAGGUUCUCUUUCCUGUGUAAGAUGAGUGCCAACGCUGGGACAGGAGUACUGGACCCCUGUGUGUGUCGGGUGUCUGUGCGCAAGGAAAUGAAGGGUGGAAAGACCUUUGCCAAGCUGGGUUUUGCUGACCUGAACCUGUCAGAGUUUGCUGGCUCUGGCAGAACGACGCGCCGAUGUCUACUAGAGGGUUACGACACCAAGAACUGCAGACAGGACAACUCUAUACUCAAGGUUGUCAUUAGUACACUGCUCAUGUCUGGGGACCCCUGCUUUAAAACGCCACCGUCCACGGCCAUGAAACUGGGCCUCCAGCAGGCUGAGGCAGAGUGUCUCCACGAAGACAGGAAGGGAGGGGACACACACACACCAACACCCUGCCUCCCCGUCCCAGAGGCCCCAGGAAAGUGUGCGUCGUUUCCUGAUGAACUGGGAGCAUGUGGCCAUUCCAGAACGUCCAGCUACGCCAGCCAACAGUCCAAAGUCUCAGGCUACAGCACAGGUCACUCGCGCUCUUCCAGCCUAUCAGAGCUCACGCACAAGAGGAACCCCUCAGCAGGCUCCGCCUCGACGGGUAUUGCCAGCAUUCUUGAACCCAGAGAGGACCGGGGGACUGAGAGGGGGGAGAAGGAGGCCCGCUCUACACCCCCGGUCUCUGUCACCUGUGCCUACUUCCCCGUGCCUGAAUAUCCCCCCACCCCCGCAAAGAGCUCUGCCUCCGAGAGACUGAGCAGGCAUCUGAUGAAGCAGAACUCAGUGGAGUCUCAGCUGAAGAGAGUGGAUGCUACCCGGGUGGAUGCGGACGACGUUGUGGAUAAGAUCCUCCAGAGCCAGGACUUCAGCCACGGCCUACUGGACUCCAGCACUGAGGAGGAGGGGCUCAAGCUGUUUGUUGGUCCUGGUGGAAGCACGGCGCUGGGCAGCCAACACACCAGGGUUGGGGCUGGGCCCUACGAGCAGGUGGUGAUCAAACGCUAGCCCCCAGGGGAGCGGACAUGUGAGACUGCUUCCCCUAGUGUUAAAGGAAGAAGGUGACCUGAGGUUCAUGUCAACUUGUUUUUGAGAAGAAAGAGGAGGAUAUACAGUGUUCAGACCCUUUCCUUUCCCACAUGUUAUAUUCUAAAAUAUAUUAAAUUACAUGUUUUCCUCAUCAAUCUACAAGCAAUACCCCAUAAUGACAGUGAAAACAACAGGUUUUUAAAAAACAGAAAAACCUUACCUACUUAAUACCUUAAAUAUUCAUACCCUGGCCUCCCGAGUGGUCCAGUGGUCUAAGGCGCUGUGCCACUAGAGAUUCUGGGUUCGAGUCCAGGCUCUGUCGCAGCCGACCGUGACCGGGAGACCCACGGGGCGGCGCACACUUGGUCCAGCGUCGUCCGGGUUAGGGGAGGGUUCGCCGGCAGGGAUGUCUUUGUCCCAAUGCGCACUCUGACACAUUGGUGUGGCUGGCUUCCGGUUUAAGUGGGCAUUGUGUCAAGAAGCAGUGCGGCUUGGUUGGAUUGUGUUUCGGAGGCCGCACAGUUCUCGAACUUCGCCUCUCCCGAGUCCGUACGGAAGUUGCAGCGAUGAGACAUGACUGUAACUACCAAUUGGAUACCAAGAAAUUGGGGAGAAAAAGUCAUGACCUUUGCUAUGAGACUCGAACUUAAGCUCAGGUGCAUCCUGUUUCCAUUUAUCAUCCUUGAGAUAUUUAUAGAACUUGGUUGGUCCACCUGUGGUAAAUUCAAUUGGACAUGAUUUGGAAAGGCACACACCUGUCUAUAUAAGGUCCCACAGUUGACCGUGCAUGUCAGAUCAUAAAACCAAGCCGUGAGGUCGAAAGGAUUGUCCGUAGAGCUCAGAGACAGGAUUGUGUCGAGGCACAGAUCUGGGGAAGGGAACCAGAAGAUGUCUGCAGCAUUGAAGGUCCUCAAGAACACAGUGGCCUCCAUCAUUCUUCAAUGGAAGAAGUUUGGAACCGCCAAGACUCUUCCUAGAGCUGUCCUCCCUGGCCAACUGAGCAAUCGGAGAGAAGGGCCAGACUCCCCCUUUGUGGUGAAGUGGCCAGACAGAAGAAUGCUUCUCAGUAAAACGCAUAUGACAGCCCGCUUGGAGUUUGCCAAAAUGCACCAAAAGGACUCUCAGACAAUGAGAAACAAGAUUCUCUGGUCUGAUGAAACCAAGAUUGAACUCCUUGGCCGGAAUGCCAAGCGUCACGUCUGGAGGAAAUCUGGCACCAUCCCUACGGUGAAGCAUGGUGGUGGUGGCAGCAUCAUGCUGUGGGGAUGUUUUUCAGCAGCAGGGACUGGGAGACGAGUCAGAAUCGAGGGAAAGAUAAACGGAGAAAAGUACAGUGAUCCUUCAUGAAAACCUGCUCCAGACCUCAGACUGGGGUGAAGGUUCACCUUCCAACAGGACAACGACCCUAAGCACACAGCCAAGACAACCCAGGAGUGGCUUCGGAACAAGUCUCUGAAUGUUCUUGAGUGGCCCAGCCAGAGCCCGGACUUGAACCCAAUCGAACAUCUCUGGAGAGUCCUGAAAAUAGCUGUGCAGCGACUCUCCCAAUCCAACCUGAUAUCGCUUGAGAGGAUCUGCUGAGAAGAAUGGGAGAAACCACAAACUCCACAAAUACAGGUGUGCCAAGUUUGUUGUGUCAUACCCAAGAAGACGCGAGGCUGUAAUUGCUGCGAAAGGUCCUUCAACAAAGGGUCUGAAUACUUAUGUAAAUAUAUUUGUCAUUAUGGGAUAUUGUGUGUAGAUUGAUGAGGGGAAAAAACGAUUUAAUCAAUUUUAGAGUAAGGCUGUAAUGUAACAGUCUAAAACGUCAUGGGGUCUGAAUGAUUUCCGAAUGCACUGUAUGGACUAGAGUGGAGCAGUAUAAUGUUCUCUCUACCCAGAGGGGGUAGUGGUUCAAUCCUGCAGGCCUUAUGCAACAUUUUAGAUAGGUAGGAGAAUAUUGUGCCCUUACAACAAAAAGGGCUUGUGAUUUUUUUACAGAAGUCAAAUGGUUCUAGGUUAUUACUCUGGGAGGCAUGUUGUAAUUUACAGUUGUAUGUUGCUGCUUGACAUGUUCACCUUGUAAAAUGUGCAGGGGGUGUAAUGGAGGAUAAACGCAAGUCAACAAAGUUGACCCAGCUAUUUUUUUGGUGCAACAGUUUACCUACCUUUUGCGGAAAAAUGCAUUGAAAGUAUAGGGAGUGAUCAGUUUAUCAACGAAUAAAAAAUGCAUUGAAAGUAUAGGGAAUGAUCAGUUUAUCAACGAAUGAAAAAUGUAACAAAUGUGUAGUGUUCCACACGUGCGCAUACAGGUGUUUUAACUGACAAAAUGUGAUAAUUUCCCACAAUGACCUUAAAACUGACUAAAGAACUAUACACACACAGGUUGUGUGAUGUCAUCGACCUACAGGUGCCUGAUUCUGUCGUGUGAACAAAGAGGAACUGACAGUAUGUUCAGCUAUACAUGAAGACUCGAGCAGUGAAUUAAGGCUCUAUAAGCAGCGGAAUUACAUAUGGUGAGAGGGGGGAAGAGUGUUAACAUCAGAUGGAGUUGCUGCUUGGCUCCUUUAUGAUGAAGUGAUGAGAGGAGGAGUGUUAACAUCAGAUGGAGUUGCUGCUUGGCUCCUUUAUGAUGAAGUGAUGAGAGGAGGAGGAGGAGUGUUAACAUCAGAAGGAGUUGACUAUGUCCUUGUAACUGAAUUAGUUACUAGACAGACAUGUAGGUUGGUGUUUAGGUAUUGAAUCCUCAGCAAAACGGUUAUAUAGUAGCUUCAAUAUGAUCCCAAUAUUGACAACAGUUCACUUGCUUUGAUUUACAAAAUUGUAUUUGGAAGUAUUUGGAGAGGCCUCCUUGUCCAGACAUCAAAUCAGAUGUUUAUUCUAUUCAGAAAGCUUCUUUUGAUUCUGUAGUAGUAAGUAGGAGGGAGAACUGAUUUGGGGACAGUGAACCUUUUGUUGAUAUUUUGCUUGUGGAAAGUGGGGCCCGGUUAGGUUCAUUCAAGGAAAGAUGGAGUCAGUCAAGUACAGUGAUCAAACCAGGAUGCUAGAGUUCUGACAAGCAUCUGCAAGGCCAAAUGUGACCUUUUUGUUUAGUGCCUUGUUGAAAUAUUGUUUGUGGAGUUUAUGUCCAUGAUGCAGUAUGGUAAGUGUUACCUCAUUCAACCUCACAUUCAAUUAGCAGACCAGUUGUUGUAUUUGUGUAUGUUGAUACUGUCUGCAUUUUAUCGGUAUGAAUACAGAUUAGAGAAGAGAAAAAAAAAUUAUUCUGAUUUUCAUAAUGUUAAAUUUUUAAUGACUUUUUCUUAUUUGUCUAUUUUACCACAAUGAAACCUUUUUAUAGCAUGUCUUUAUGAUGUUGGUGUACUACUUUGUUAGUUGCUUUUCUGGUUAUUUCUGUAGAUUGAUGUUGCAAGUGCUGGUUCCACAUUGUUUAAUUUUUUAAAUGUUGGAAGAUGGUUAUUUCAAUACUGUAUCCCAAUUCACAAACACAUGCUGUUGUACUGUAAAGUACUCUGUAAAAGAAUAAAAAAUCAUUUCCUUGCACGUA